AUGUUCUCCAAAAUCAAGUUCAUCUUCAUUCUGGUUCUCGUCAUCCAUCUGGCAUAUUCUCAGGCUCCUUGCUCACCAGAGCAUGAUCCAGAUUGUGCCAACUCCGCUUCAUCUCAAUGCAAUGUUGUGAUAGGCCAAGUGAUCGGUGCCUUGAAAACUGCCAUAUCGGCAAUCUCGACUUUUCAGAAACAAGUUGAUGGCCUUCUCAAAUGCACACUGGAUGCUAUGUCGAAUCUUAUCAAGGCGAUAACUUCUUGGUUGAUAGAACAGUUGACGGGGCUGAACAUUUAA